ACUGGGGGACCCCCUCACCCUCCCUCUACCUGGUUCUAAGAGAGCUCCAGUAGGGACAGAGGACAGACGACAGUAACUUUCCCACAGAGGUGUAGCUGUUGAUUUAUCUGUGGAUGGUUCCCACCUGCACUCCUUCUGGGACCUAGUUUGAUAACCCUAACCUUUUGGACAGUUGGGUUAGCUAACCCUUACCCUUGGACAGUUGGGGGUGAAAAGUUACAGAGAUGUCUGAGAACAACAACAACAACCACGAAGAGAAGGAGAAGGAAAGGGAUGGAGAAAAGGAGAAGGAGAGGGAUGGAGAGAGGGAUGAGGACUGGAAUGAGGAGAGGGAUGAGGUUCUUGUUAGGAUUCCUCCACCUCCACCUCAAGUGGUCAGAGUUGGCCAGCUGGCCCCAGGGGCCAAGAUGAAUGGGUUAGGAGAUGAGGGAAAAACCAACCUGGAUGGGCAGCAGCCUGUAAGCCGUAGUAUCUUCCCUUUCUCUCCAGUCUCUCCAGCGGGCGAGAGGAUCCGCAUUAUGCUGGGAGAGGAUGAUGAUGGACCAUCACCACCUCAACUCUUCACUGAGCUGGAUGAGCUGCUCUCUGUGGAUGGGCAGGAGAUGGAGUGGAAGGAGACAGCCAGGUGGAUCAAGUUUGAGGAGAAGGUGGAGAAGGGAGGAGAGCGUUGGAGUAAACCCCACGUGGCCACGCUGUCGCUCCACAGCCUGAUGGAGCUCCGGACUUGCAUCGAGAAAGGAACCAUCAUGCUGGAACUGGAGGCCUUCACGCUGCCACAGGUCGUUGAGUUUAUCACAAACAGCCAGAUAGAGAGCGGUCUGCUGAAGGCGGAGCUAAAGGACAAGGUGACGUACACGUUGCUACGGAAACAUCGACACCAGACAAAGAAGUCCAACCUGCGCUCGCUAGCUGACAUCGGCAAGACGGUCUCCAGUGCAAGCAGUCCAGCCACCACACAUCGGAACCUGGCCUCAAGCAGCAUGAACGACAUCUCCGACAAACCAGAGAAAGACCAGCUGAAGAACAAGUUCAUGAAGAAGCUUCCCCGAGACGCCGAGGCAUCCAACGUUCUCGUUGGAGAGGUGGACUUCCUGGACACCCCCUUUGUGGCAUUUGUCCGUCUACAGCAGGCUGUGAUGCUGGGAGCUCUUACAGAAGUCCCUGUCCCCACCAGAUUCCUGUUCAUCCUUUUAGGACCCAAAGGAAAAGCCAAGUCCUAUCAUGAGAUAGGAAGAGCUAUCGCCACCCUCAUGUCAGAUGAGGUGUUCCAUGACAUAGCAUACAAGGCGAGGGACAGAGAGGAUCUGCUGGCUGGCAUCGAUGAGUUUCUGGAUGAGGUGAUUGUACUGCCCCCGGGGGAAUGGGACCCGGCCAUCAGGAUAGAACCGCCCAAGUCUGUACCUUCUGCUGACAAAAGGAAGAACAUGUAUGCUGGAGGCGACAGCGGCCAGAUGAACGGAAACACGCCCCAUGAUGGGGGAGGAGGGGGCGGGGGGCAUGCAGUGGGAGACGAGCUCAAGAAGACAGGCAGGUUUUGUGGAGGCCUCCUACUUGACAUCAAAAGGAAAGCUCCAUUCUUCGCCAGUGAUUUCUACGAUGUGUUCCACAUCCAGGCACUGUCGGCCAUCCUGUUCAUCUACCUAGGAACCGUAACUAACGCCAUCACCUUCGGAGGGUUGCUAGGAGACGCCACCGACAACAUGCAGGGUGUGUUGGAGAGCUUCCUGGGCACAGCGGUAUCUGGAGGGAUCUUCUGUCUGCUGGCUGGCCAGCCUCUCACCAUCCUCAGCAGCACUGGACCUGUUCUGGUCUUCGAGAGGCUGCUCUUCAACUUCAGCAAAGACAAUGACUUUGACUAUCUGGAGUUCCGGCUGUGGAUUGGUCUGUGGUCUGCGUUCUUUUGUCUGCUGCUGGUUGCUACUGACGCCAGCUACAUGGUUCAGUACUUCACCCGAUUCACAGAGGAGGGCUUCUCCUGCCUCAUCUCCUUCAUCUUCAUCUAUGAUGCCUUCAAGAAGAUGCUGAAGCUGGCUGACUACUACCCCAUCAACUCUGAAUACCAGAUUGACUAUGUCACCCAGUAUGACUGUAUGUGUAUGGCCCCUACCAUCUUAGAAAACAGUACGGAGGUGUUUGGCGAUCCUCUGGAUGCUGAAAGCACUGCUGUCUGGUACUUCAACAACACUGAUCUACCUCUGAAUGCCACGUGGUCGUCCCUGUCUAAGAAGGAUUGUGUGAAGUAUGGAGGAGAGCUGGUGGGGAAGGCAUGUAAAUAUGUUCCUGACAUCACUCUGAUCUCCUUCAUCCUUUUCCUGGGAACCUAUACUACCUCCACGAUGCUGAAGAAGUUCAAGACCAGUCCUUUCUUCCCUACAUGGGUGAGGAAACUAAUCAGUGACUUUGCCAUUAUCUUGGCCAUCCUGAUCUUUUGCGGUGUGGACAUGCUAGUAGGAGUGGACACUCCCAAGCUCAUAGUCCCAACUGAGUUCAAGCCAACGAGCCCCAACCGUGGCUGGUUUGUUCCCCCGUUUGGAGGCAAUCCUUGGUGGGUGUACGUGGUGUCAGCGGUGCCUGCCCUGCUGGUCACCAUCCUACUCUUCAUGGACCAGCAGAUCACCGCUGUCAUCGUCAACAGGAAGGAGCACAUGCUGAAGAAAGGCGCAGGCUACCACCUGGACCUGUUCUGGGUUGCAGUUCUGAUGAUAGUAUGUUCCUUCAUGGGGUUGCCAUGGUACGUGGCGGCAACGGUCAUCUCAAUCGCUCACAUAGACAGUCUGAAGAUGGAGACAGAGACAUCCGCCCCUGGAGAAAUGCCCAAGUUCUUGGGAGUGAGGGAGCAGAGAGUCACUGGUGUGUGUGUAUUCAUUCUGACGGGGCUGUCUGUCUUUAUGUCUCCCAUCCUCAAGUUCAUCCCCAUGCCAGUGCUGUAUGGAGUGUUCCUCUACAUGGGCGUGGCAUCUCUUAAUGGAGUGCAGUUCAUGGACCGUCUCCAGCUGCUCCUGAUGCCAGCUAAGCAUCAACCUGACCUUGUGUACCUGCGCCAUGUUCCUCUGAGGAAGGUCCACCUGUUUACCUUCAUCCAGAUCCUGUGUCUGGCACUGCUCUGGGUCCUCAAGUCCACCGUGGCCGCGAUUAUCUUCCCUGUCAUGAUCCUGGCCCUGGUGGCGGUGAGGAAGACAAUGGACUACAUGUUCUCUCAACACGAGCUGAGCUUCCUGGAUGAUGUCAUCCCUGAGAAGGACAAGAAGAAGAAGGAGGACGCUAAGCAGAAGAAGAAGAUGAGGAGCAUUGACAGUGACAUAGAUGAUUCUGACUUCCCCUACACUGAGAAUGUCCCCAGCAUUAAGAUCCCCAUGGACAUGAUGGAGCAGGAACCUUUCUUAGGUAAUAAAGCAUCCGCCAGAGAUAAAUCCUCAUCAUUCCUGGAUCGACACUCAUCGUGCUGAGCAGCUGCUCUUCUACCAGGCCAACUGUCAGUCAAGUCCAGAGAUGAGUCCACUCAACGUGCCUCAGAUUAGAAUUGAGAUGGACCCUGAUGACAACGGUUACCGCUGGAAGAGCCGAGGGUCUGAGACCUCUCUGUAGCCCCUACUUCUCAACAGCCCCAAGACCCUCCUCCAUGCCCCAAGACCCUCCUCCAUUUCCUGAGACCCUCCUCCAUGCCCCAAGACCCUCCUCCAUGCCCCGGGACACUACUCCAUGCACCAAGACUAUCCUCCAUGCACCAAGACCCUCCUCAAUGCCCUGGGACACUCUUCCAUGCCCCAAUACCCUCCUCCAUGCCCUGGGACCCUCCUCCACGUCCCAAGACCCUCCUCCGUGCCCCGGGACACUCCUCCAUGCACCAAGACACUCCUCCAUGCCCCAAACCCUCCUCCAUGUCCUGGGACCCUCCUCCAUGCCCCAAGACCCUCCUCCAUGCCCCGAGACUAUCCUCCAUGCACCAAGACCCUCCUCCAUGCACCAAGACCCUCCUCCAUGCCCUGGGACGCUUCUCCAUGCCCCGAGACUAUCCUCCAUGCCCCAAGACCCUCCUCCAAGCCCCAAGACCAUCCUCCAUGCACCAAGACCCUCCUCCAUGCACCAAGACUAUCCUCCAUGCACCAAGACCCUCCUCCAUGCCCUGGGACCUUCCUCCAUGCACCAAGACCCUCCUCAAUGCCCUGGGACACUCCUCCAUGCCCCGAGACCCUCCUCCAUGCCCCCACACCCUCCUCACACAAACACUCAACACCAACAAUACUCACACUUGAAAUGUUUUAAACAAUUAUUAAUUGCUUUAUGUUUCCCAAAAGCCAAUAAUGAAAACCAGUGAUUAUCUGAAACUUAACUUGGUGAAUCGAGGAGUUGAGCCUCCCAGGGAUCAACCAAUAGGAAGAGGACAACAUGGUUUCAUCGCUAAAUCCUAACCAAUAGGAAGAGGAGAACAUUGUUUCAUCACUAGGUCUUUCAGUUUUCACAGCUACUACUGUAGGUUCAUCUGUCUUUCUUAUUCUGAAGUGUCUGACACAUCUAACCCCUGUUCUACAGUUCUUAUACUGUUCUAUGGUUCUUUGGUUCUACUGUUCUAUGGUCCUACUGUUCUAUGGCUCUAUGGUUCUGCUGUUCUAAGGUUCUUCUGUUCUACGUUUCUGUUGUUCUAUGUUUCUGCUGUUCUUCGUAAUUCAUCCACAGUUGUGUUCUCAUUAUUAGAGAAGCAUGUAGAACCCAUUCUGCUCUUUUUAUAUAUAUAGUUCUUCGUCUCAAUUAUUAGAAUUAGAAAAGGAAUUGCGGAAAAUAAUAGUUUGAUUGAUUUUGUAGCUCUACCUCUUAUUUUAGCUGCCAGACGGUGUGAGUUCAUUUCUCAAGAUGGACACAGCAUGGAAUAUAGUUAAUAUGUCUUCUGUUCUUUUACAUCUUGUAAAAUAUAUUCAAGAGAUUAAAUAUAAUAUAACAUCAGAGAAAUACAUGUGACAUAGAAAUAUAAUAUAAUUAUUGCAAUAUAAGUUAAUUCACUUUUAAACAAUGUUUGGUAUUUUGUUUGUCUAGAUGCAGAUUGUAUAUCACUUUUUCCCACUGGAGUUGUGAUUGCAACACUUUACUGUUAACUGUAAUGACACACGGAUACUGCAGCACUCAGCGAGACUUCAUUUCAAUGUCAUAUUUCAUUGGUCAGACUUAAGGCUGCUCUGCAACAUGUCAGAUCCAACCAAACUGAAGCUAUUCUUCCUCUAUUUUGAACAAUUAUUAUUUUGUACUUGUGUUAAAUAUCCACCAUAAUGUAUGUUUGAUAAGGGGAAGAGGUUUCAGAUUCCAGUCUUCCCAAUGUAACCUGCAUGUCAGACUAAUAACUGGUCUACUCCAGACUCCAGUCUUCCCAAUGUAACCUGCAUGUUAGACUAAGACCUGGUCUACUCCAGACUCCAGUCUUCCCAAUGUAACCUGCAUGUCAGACUAAGACCUCCAUCCCAAAGUCUGAAGGUCAUACCAUGACCAAUGUCAUCUGUGCACAGCUUGCAGAUGUCCUAUUGCUUCUGAACACAGAACAUUGGCCUCCAUUUUCUUUCAAUUUCCUGAGAGUUCUACAUGUGGAAUUGUCAGAGUUAGUGGAUACCCAGCAUGUGAUCUAUUGUUCAUGGCUGACAUUUGUUAUGGUGUGCCCUGUCCUUUACAGAGAGAGUUUGGACAGCGGUUCAGCUGACAUAGUGAUGCUGUUUCUGAACACCACCCAUUCAUAAUGAUGGCUGUUUUAUCUAAUAGCAUCAUAAUGUUGACUGAUUGUUUAAAUGACUGUCUGGCUGACUGACUAACCGACUGUGUAAAUAACCAUUUGACUGACUGUCUAAAUUACUGUCUGACUGACUUACGGACGGACUAUCUAAAUAUUUCUCUGACUGAUGGACGGACUGUCUAAAUGACUGUCUGACUGUUGAAAUGACUGUUUAAAGGACUGACUGACUGUUUAAAAGACUGACUGACUGUCUAAAUAACUGUCUGACUGACUGUCUAAAUAACUGUCUGACUGGCUGUCUAAAUAACUGUCUGACUGUUGAAAUGAUUGUCUGAUUGACGGACAGACUGUCUAAAUGACUGUCUGACGAACUGUCUAAAUGACUGACUGACUGUCUAAAUUACUGUCUGACUGUCUAAAUUACUGUCUGACUGACUUACGGACGGACUAUCUAAAUAUUUGUCUGACUGAUGGACGGACUGUCUAAAUUACUGUCUGACUGACUUACGGACGGACUAUCUAAAUAUUUGUCUGACUGAUGGACGGACUGUCUAAAUGACUGUCUGACUGUUGAAAUGACUGUUUAAAGGACUGACUGACUGUCUAAAUAACUGUCUGACUGACUGUCUAAAUGACUGUCUGACUGACUGUCUAAAUGAUUGUCUGAUUGACGGACAGACUGUCUAAAUGACUGUCUGACGAACUGUCUAAAUGACUGACUGACUGUCUAAAUGACUGUCUGACGAACUGUCUAAAUGACUGACUGUCUAAAUGACUGCCUGAUGAACUGUCUAAAUGACUGACUGACUGUCUAAAUGACUGUCUGAUUGACUGACUGUCUGACUCUAAAUGACUCUGACUGACUAACUAAAUGACUGACUGGCUGUCUAAAUGACUGUCUAACAGACUGAAUGCCUAAAUUACUUUCUGACUGACUGUUUGACUGUCUGGCUGACUGUCUAAAUGACUGUGCACGUUCGAGCGGUUCACUUUUAUCAAGUUUCCGUUAGUCAGUCAGACAAUCAUUUAGACAGAUCCUGCAGCCAUCACAUGCAUUGAGGGUGGUGGGUCUAUUGUCAACCAAUCAUUAGGGUGUUUUUGUUUCACCCACGCCAACAUGACAAAGGACGUGACUGAAACAGGAACCAACUUUUCCAUGAUUCAUGUAUAAAGUGUAUAUUUAAGUGAUAAUGCCUGAGAAGUCGAUGUUUGGAUGGGUGUUGUUAACGUGCCAAUAUAUCCUCCAAACACCGGCUUCGAGGCCAUUAUCACUUUUACAUAACAGGUUACCAACACAUUCAUAUAAUGAUUGACAUUUUAAUUAAAAACUUUAUUUUGAUGAAUUUAUUUAUACUUUCAUCCUUCAAUGAGAUAAAGUCCAGAUGCAAAUCUAAGGUUGCUACCCAAGCCGUCUGGUCGUUCGUUCUUUCGGUUCGGUUGCCAGAGACGCGACCCAGUAGUUGAGUCUUUAUGUUCUGUAUGUUUUUGUUCUAAAUGUUCCACUGCCAUACUGGCUGGAAAUGUUCUUAUCCCUUGCUUGCUAGCUAACCAAAAACAGCUAACUCACAGUUAUGUCAAACAGUACAGCCAGAAUAACAUCAAAGUAGCUGCAAUUACAUUUGUUUAAGCUCUUUUUAGUGACAUUUAUUUGGAUACAUCCAUUGCAAUGAGCUAAUGGUAAGCUAUUUCGCCUGGAAUAGAAAAUGUGCUCUCUCGUCAAGACACUGUUGUUCAGAGGAGCUGCAAAGACUGCAAACUAGCUGCUUUUUGUUUCGUUUUACCUGUUUUCCAUUGACAUUUCUCUGUAUAUAUCCAUAAAAUGAUGCCAGCUGAUUCAUGACUGAGAAAAGCUGCCUGCCUGCCUGUCUGUCUCGUCCUGACUCCUGACACGUUUAAUACUAUGGGACAUCUGGAGAUUGAAUUUAACAUUGAAAUAAUGUUGCAAAUUUCAGAGAGACAGACAGCAAGGUUUAUACAAAUCUCCACUGUUGAAAUCUAAAUGUUAGUCCAAAAGACAUGUGAGAUAAUGUUUAGAUGCUUUUUAUACUGGAGAUCAAGUUUAUAAAUUGCCGGCUGGGCUAAUGAGACAGUGGAUGGCGCAGUCAGAUGGAACAGAGUAAAUAGGCAUUUUAACGUCAUAGCUUUGUCCGCUGGUAACUUGUGGAAUAGACAACGUCUAGAAUGUGGUUUUAACCAAUCAGCAUCCAGGAUUAGAACCACCUGUUGUAUAAGUACAAUUGUAUAUAUUUCGGGCUCUCUUUCACCAAUUGAUAGCACAAUGUAAACACAUAUAUUUACAGUUUGUGAGUGUGUGAUAUGGGGGUUGGAGAAAUGUUUAUCUCAACAUUAUGAAGAGCAACUUUUAUAAACAAUGGCAACACUGCCAUGUUGUACUGAGCUUUGCUGUCCUAAAACCACAUCCGUGUCUGACUCCAACUUCACUCCUCAACUUUCGUCUACAGUCGGUUGCUUUCACCUUACCACAAACGAGCCCACUUUCUGACUGACUGACUGUCUGACUGGCUGUCUGACUGGCUGACACUGUCUGUCUGUCUGUUUGUCUGUCUGACUUCACUGCUCAAGCUCACUCUGUAUCCAAUCAGUCUUGACCAGUGAGUCUGGCCCCAUAUUCGGAAAGCAUCUCAGAGUAGGAGUGCUGAUCUAGGAUCAGUUCCUUCCAGUUUAUGUUAUCCUAUUAAUUAUGAUGGACAAACCGAUUAGAUUAGUAGUCCUAUUGUGAGAUCCAUUCCAAUGUAUGUUAUCCUAUUAAUUAUGUUGGACAAACUGAUCCUAGAUCAGUAGUCCUACUCUGAGAUCCUUUAUGAAUACGGUCCAGGUUUCUCCUCUAUAUAUCUGUACAUACAUAACCGCAUGUUGGACCACCAAGAUGCAAUAGGUAAACUUUUAUCUUUGUCAUUGUGUUCAUUUGCUUCUUUCAAGAUAUCUGUAGAUCAACACGUAUGCUACAUACUGUAUUUUCAGAAUCAAUGUUUUAACCAUAGUCAGUGGAAAUGAGUGUAACUUAUGUCUGGGACAUAUUAUGGAGGAAGUUAGUUGAUUGAAGUACAUUAAGCAUGAUUCUAAAACAUGUAACAUGCAAAAAAGUGUUAAAUUAAAAAGUUAAUUUUAGUUUAUUCCAUACUAACCCUUUUUAAUUCACUUUUGUGAUUUUUAGGACAAAACCGGUGAAAUGACUAAUUUUAGAAUUUAUAUUUUUCAAAUGAAAUGCAUAUUAAAAAUAAACAGAAUUUAUCAAAAGAG